AUGCGUUUGUUAUACUAUACUUAUUGCAGCGUUGUUGAGCUUUACGAGGAACUUCGACGAUCACAUCGUGAAGCUUUACAAAAGUCAUCGGAGGACGGCGAUGGAUGUACUUUGCUGAGGAAGAUUAAAAUCUUAAAAAAUAAUUUCACACCAGCUGAACAGAAGAACGGUAUUUCCGGUGGUUUGGAAAGGCGCCAAAAAGAAGCCGACAACGAAGAACACAUCCAUCUGAUGCAGAAGGAAAUGGCAGUGGUGCAAAGUGAAACGAAGUUACGUGCAACUAACAGCGGUGCUGUAAUAACACUAAGAAAUGUAAGCAUCACAAAUCCAGGUGACAAAGAAAUUGCCUUCGUUCGAGGCAUGUCGAUGGAAAUUUGUCUUGGCAAAAAUUUGUUGAUUUCGGGUGGUAGCAGCACUGGCAAAACUUCACUGCUGCGAGCGAUUGCUGGAUUAUGGGAAUGCACUUCAGGCACCAUUGAUUGGCAUUCCGAUGUGAGUGAUGUGAUUUUUGUGCCACAAAACCCGUAUUUUCCAAGCGGCGGCACAACGCUCCGUCAGCAGCUUCUUUAUCCUUCAACGGCGAACAAAGGAGAAGCAGAAACGCAACGAAUAACCGAUUUAUUAACAAGCUUACAAAUGAAUAAGACAUUAAUCCGAUUCUCUGGACUUGAUGAAACAGUGGAAGGCGAUUGGUAA